CGAACCGUAAUGGCGUCAGUGACGCCGCGCGGUGGCCGAGGGCGGUUUCAAGGAAGCGACUUCCGGGUUUCACCUUCCUGGUGUUUGACCAUUUACUGUUUGACAGAAACGACGCACAGGGUUCCAGUUGAAUAACUAUAUUCCAAAGUUACGCAGAGGAUUGUCAGACAUCCUGUAAACAGAAGUGAUGUCUCAGUCUGGAGAAAAAGGGAAGUUACCAGAUGCUUCAGGUUAUGUAGGUUUUGCAAACCUCCCAAACCAAGUGCAUCGAAAGUCGGUGAAAAAAGGCUUUGAGUUUACUUUAAUGGUUGUAGGAGAGUCUGGUUUAGGCAAAUCAACCCUCAUAAACAGCCUGUUCCUUACUGAUCUGUACCCUGAACGCUACAUCCCUGGAGCUGCAGAAAAGAUAGAGAGAACCGUGCAGAUUGAGGCGUCGACUGUGGAGAUUGAGGAGAGAGGAGUGAAGCUCCGCCUCACUGUGGUCGACACUCCUGGCUACGGGGACGCCAUCAACAGUCAGGACUGCUUCAAGACAAUCAUUCAGUACAUUGACAAUCAGUUUGAGCGCUACCUCCAUGACGAAAGUGGGCUGAACCGGAGGCACAUAGUGGACAACAGGGUGCACUGCUGCUUUUAUUUCAUUUCUCCAUUUGGACACGGUCUGACACCUCUGGAUGUGGAGUUUAUGAAGGCAAUCCACAGCAAAGUCAAUAUAGUUCCUGUCAUUGCCAAGGCCGACACGCUGACGCUAAAGGAGAGGGAUCGCCUGAAGAGAAGGAUCCUGGAUGAGAUCGCUGAGCACGGCAUCAAAAUCUACCAGCUUCCAGAUGCAGACUCUGAUGAAGAUGAAGAGUUCAAGGAGCAGACAAGAGUACUCAAGGCAAGUAUUCCCUUCGCUGUGAUUGGCUCCAACCAGCUGAUCGAGGUGAAGGGGAAGAAGAUCCGAGGUCGUCUUUACCCAUGGGGAGUUGUAGAGGUUGAGAAUCCUGAACACAAUGACUUCCUCAAAUUACGCACCAUGCUUGUGACUCAUAUGCAAGACCUCCAGGAGGUAACUCAAGACCUGCAUUACGAGAACUUCCGAUCUGAGAGGUUGAAGAAGGCGGGCCGAGCCGUGGAUGAGGACGUUAUGGACAAAGACCAGAUUCUGUUGCAGAAGGAGUUGGAGUUGAGGCGCAUGCAAGAGAUGAUUGCUCAGAUGCAGGCACAGAUGAAGAUGAAGUCAGACGAGUGAAAGAGUCUGAGCCACAUGGGAGUGUGGUGAUCUCUGUCACCCAACACAUUCACAUUUCUACAAUAUAAUCAUGCACAAAGACACACUCCUGGUCAUAGUCCCUCCUGUGGUCAAUUGGGAAGCCCACUUUUCCUGAUCACAUGUUUAUCUGCGCAGAGCCACUCCCGUUCCCAAAUCUCCACCCGUCAGCUGUCAUUCUUCACUCAGAGCUCCACAAACUAGUCAAACAGGACCAGAUACAGGUUUUACAUGAAAUACUAUUGGGGUUUGAUGGCUAUUUAUGUACUUUAUGUCAGGUGAUUUUCAUUAUUGCCAGUAAUAACGGUACGAAUAGGAUUUGCCAUCUUUAUAGUUUGCAAAAAUAAGUGUGAACAGCCACUUAUGUUGAGGUUACAGGUCAGAAGAUCCCAAUUUUUAUAUAUAUAUAUACUUUGGUUUUACUAAUAUCUUGCUUGACUAAUUUUACAGCCCAUAAUAUUUACCUCUGGAUAUCAUGAGUGCCUGUUUGCUUCAAUCUGAGUAAAUAACAGUUUGCAAAUGUUUAAAUCUAGAAGGACUAAGCCACUUUUUCUAUUUUUAUGUGGUUGUUUGUAUUUGACCAAUUGCUGAACUUCUCCAGUUCCUUUUUUCUGUUUAGAGCAAACUAUAAUAUUGGUGCCAAACUGCAAAGUGAACUAAUGUUUGCUUCAUUUAGGUGCUAUAAUCAGUUUUUGUGGGCUAAGUACUUUACAUGUGGAGUUUUUUUCAACAUACUGUUGUUUUUUUUCACAUUUUUAAAAUGGUUUAGAAAACAAAUGGCCUGUAAUAAAUAGAUCCCUUCCACUUUUUGAGAAUAGUUGACUUAACAACUUUACUAAGUUGUACUGAUAAUCCACUGAUAUUAUUUAGUUUUGGUCUUUUAAAAAAAAAAAGGAUUUCUUAUCCAUGUCAGUAAAAGGUUUUGGAAAUAAAAUUUGUUAUUAAAAGCUGA